CCUGCCAACACGCCUGCGCGAGCGGGCGUGCCCCGGAAGCAGUUUUUUGGCCCUGUGACACGUAGCAACGGGGCUACUACAGGGUCUGGAACUGAGUUGGGGGUUAUUUGGGGCCGCUGGAGGUACAACUGCUUCCGCCGCUGCCGCCCCCGCGUUUGAUCAUUUGCAAUGUCAGGCUUUGAGAACUUAAACACGGAAUUCUACCAGACAAGUUACAGCAUCGAUGACCAAUCUCAGCCGUCCUAUGAUUAUGGAGGAAGUGGAGGACCCUAUAGCAAACAGUAUGCUGGCUAUGACUAUGCGCAGCAAGGCCGAUUUGUCCCUGCAGACAUGAUGCAGCCACAACAGCCAUACACUGGUCAGAUUUUCCAGCCAGCUCAGGCAUAUACUCCAGCUACACCUCAGCCAUUCUACGGAAACAACUUUGAGGAUGAACCACCUUUAUUAGAAGAAUUAGGUAUCAAUUUUGACCACAUCUGGCAAAAAACACUAACAGUGCUACAUCCAUUAAAAGUAGCAGAUGGCAGCAUUAUGAAUGAAACUGAUUUGGCAGGACCAAUGGUUUUUUGCCUUGCCUUUGGAGCCACGUUGUUACUGGCUGGCAAAAUCCAGUUUGGCUACGUAUAUGGAAUCAGUGCAAUUGGAUGUCUAGGGAUGUUUUGUUUAUUGAACUUAAUGAGUAUGACAGGUGUUUCAUUUGGUUGUGUGGCAAGUGUCCUGGGAUAUUGUCUUCUUCCCAUGAUCCUACUUUCCAGCUUUGCAGUGAUUUUUUCUUUGCAAGGAAUGAUAGGAAUCAUUCUCACUGCUGGGAUUAUUGGAUGGUGUAGUUUUUCCGCUUCCAAGAUUUUUAUUUCUGCAUUAGCUAUGGAAGGACAGCAACUUUUAGUAGCAUAUCCAUGUGCUUUAUUAUAUGGAGUCUUUGCCCUAAUUUCCGUCUUUUGAACUGAACUUACUGGGAUGUGGACGUCAGUGGGCCAAAUACACAAAAAGAACCUUGAACUCUUAAAUUGGACCAGCACACUGCUGCAACACAAUUCUCGUGCAGAUUUACAAUAGACUUUUGGAGCAGUGGAAGUAAACAUGUAUCUUUUGUUCAUUUUUAUAGAACUUUUGAAUACUGUAUUGGAUUUACCUGCAGUGUGACUAGCUUUAAGUGUUUGUGGUUAUACAAAUAAGAAGUACUAUUUCUUUCCUGUUCUGCAUUCUUUGAAAAACAACUUUUCUUCCUUACAAAUUAUAUUACGAUGUUUUUGAUAGAUUUUUAUCAACUGUGGGAAACUAACCACAAAGCUGAUAAUCUUUCUUAAAAACAACCCAGUUAUAUAAAGUAAACAAGAUACAAAACUUAUUGCAGAAUUUUUUUUCCAAGGAAUUAGGAAAGAAAAAUUACCUGUGUUCUCAAAUUAAGUACAGUGAAACAACAAAAACAGGAUCCAGGCAGAGUGUUGUGAGUUUGCACUUCAAAAGAAUUGACAGUCCUGUAAAUUAUCUCAUGAAAAUUAUUUGCUAAAAUUCAAAGAUAUGGGAAGUUCACAAUAGACAUGAAACGUGAACGGCUGUGUAGAUAUUAAUAUUAUCUAAACCUGAACUGACCACAUUAUUGCUUAGUUGGGUCUCCACAUUUCCCAGGAGAAAGAAAAUUGCUAACUUUUUUUGAGAAAAAUAUUUAAAAUUUCACAAUUUGAAUAUUGCAUUUAUCAAUGUAAAGUACAUUUGAUGCUUAAUAAUUAAAGUUUUCCCAAUUAAUUUUAAUUGUGUUGUUUACUUUUACUAAACAACUGUUCUUUGUGUCUCAUUUUCUGUAAUUAGGGUUUGAUCUUGACUCUCCACCUUAGAUUUAAAAAUAGAAUUCAGUUAGUAUAGAAUCAGAAAAAGAAGAUUAAAUGAGAAGAAAUUUAUUUUCUUACAUUGAAUUUAUUUGAUUUAUAUUCAAGCUUUCUUACCAGAUAAUCUGUAUGAAAAUACUAUGCCAUGUAUAUUGACCACUGGCUUUUUCUAGAGAAACUGCCUCUAAUUCUAUAUAAAGUUCUGUUACACUUAUGAGAAAGUCAUGGUAUGGAAGAAAAACGUUAUUUAAAAAAAAAAAAAAAUCCAAACUGAAGAAUUAAUGGUUGUUUUUUAGAGCAAUUUUUCAAGUAUAAAAAGUUGAGGUAAAUUAAAACACAUUUCCUAUAAGAUCAUAAGUUCUAAUUUCUGUCAUCACAUAAAUAUGUUUUUCUUCAUACUUAAUCUUCAGGAGAAACACACUCACUAAUAGUUUUGGUUAGAAUAAUAUAUUUUAUUGUAAUAUUUAAAUAGUAUCUUUACGUUUUUCAGUUUUUUAAAUACAGUUCUUUUAAAGCAAUGUAUGAAUGCCUUCUGUUAAUAUUAAGCUCUGAGGAAUAAGGUAGAUUAUGCUUUAGAAAUUAAAUUCAUUCUUAGUUAACACUGGUCAUUAUCAGCCACAUUCCCCAAAUGGAUAAUAUUGCUUUAUUAUUUGUUGCCUAUCCCCACAACAAAAUAAUUUUUAAAUUGUUGUACAGAUUUUUUUUUAUUUAGCUCCAAAAUAAUAGUAUGUAAAACCAGUUAAUAUGUAGCUCUAUCAAUAUACCCAUACAGUGAAAUUGCAUUUAAUGCAAGAGUUUGCUUGGUUAUAUGAAGAGUCAUGUAUAGCCAAUAUUUCCCUUAUAAAAUUCCAAGUCAAAAAUAUAUAUAGCCAUAUUUAUGCAUACAUUAAAGAAUGGUAAUCUGUGUCUCAAAAUUUGUGGAUAUUUUCUUUUUGUCUGGCAUUGGAAUGGAUUUCUGUUUCUUAUGUACCUUUUUAUGCCAAAAACAUACAAAUACCUUUAAAUACUAGAAACCCUCAGCUUAGCUCAGUUCACCCAGUGAUUAACAUAAAUUAACUAAAGCUCACUGUGGGGAUGACAGAUUGACACAUAUUGUAUCUCAUUCCAGGUCAUGUUCUCAGUAAAUGGAGUGGCAAGUUAAAGCACAUUACUGUGUUAUUUACUUGCGAAUGCACACAUGCCAAGGACAUGUAGUUAAUUUAACACAUGGUGUAUAUGCAUGUUUUGUGACUUUACUACCAUACUGUAUUCACACUUUUUAAGAACUAUUUAGUUUUGUUGGAAAAGGCAUUCUUCAGACAUAGUAAUGCAUAUGCAAAGUUCUAUAAAUCUUGAAAUGCUAUCUUUGGAUACUAGCAUUCAAUCAAAGAAUUUUUUUAAAAUGUGUCUAAUUACAGGACUUUGGCUAGAACUUAAGUAGUACUGUAUAAUUGACAGUUUGAAUGUAUGUAUUUUUGACCCUAAUAGGCAUUAUUUAACUUCUCCAUAGCUAAGAAAGAUAAUUUUUUUCAAUGUUAAAAUUACCUUUGUUGGAUUAGGCCCCAACUUCCUUAAUAAGACUCCUAUAGUGCAAGAAAUAAAAUCAAGAAUCUGUAAAUGGGAUGGAUUCAAACUAAUAAUCUUCUCAGCAAAAGAAACAAUCAGUGAGGUGAAUAGAGAGCCUAUAGAAUUAGAGCUACCUACCAAAAAAAAAGUUAAUUUGGUUUGAAAUUAUAUACUCCCCCACCAUAUGAAUGGGGACUUUAGAGUUUGAAUAACACAGGAAAUGUAGAAGUUAGAAUCUUAUUCUGUAGGGCACUUUCAUUCAGUCAUGGACAAGUAGGACAUAAAAACCAUGUUUCAAGAUCUCUUGUCAUAUAGAGAAGAUCUGAGGUAAUGACUCAAGUCAACCUGUUUAUCUUGCCCUGUGGGAGGGGAAAUUAUAUAUACAUAUAUGUAUAUAUACUUACACACAAAAAACAUUUAUAUAACAGUGUUUAGUCUUUCAUAAAAUAGUGUCUGAAUUUUUCAAAAUGUAGCAUCUCCCACGGCAAAAGUCUUAACAGGAAGCAUGCUUGACAAAAAAAUAGCACUAAGCCAUUCUUUAAAAUACUACCUGGAGCAAACCUCCUAUCCAAAUAAUGCCCCAAGUUAGUCCUCACAAAGUAUCCACUGACACAUUUUGUGUUGUCAUGUCAAAUUUCAACUGCUAGUUACUAAGUGAUUUCAAUAUUUAUAAAUUCCAGUUUAUUUGAAAAUAAAAGCUUAAAUUAUGAAGUUAUCUGUAUUGAAUGAUGUGUGUGUCAGAAUAUGAACUUUAGAAAUGAAACAUUUAGAAUCAAGCAAAAACAUAAGUACCUUUUCAAAAGUAGAUAAAAGUUAACAAGAAUCUUUUGAGAGUUAUUUAGGAUUUUGGAGAACUGUGAUAAUAGGUAAUUAACACAAAUAUCAACAUUUAUUCAAAAUGCCUUAAGAAAGGAUAGGUUGGUUACAUUUUAAUGAAAGAAUGCUAUGUCAUUGACUUUUCCAGUAUAUACUGUUUGUUUCCAGCAGUCUAAAUAAAACCUAUUCUUGCCUCUUC